AUGGGCAGAACCAUUAGUUCGCUUAGUUUGGUAGCAUUUCUAAUGUUGUUCAUGGAUUACAAUUCAUUUGUCAUAAGAGCAGCGACAAUUUACCGAUAUUACAGCCAGUUUCAACCGUCAUCAUUGUCUAUACAGCAAUAUCUUGACUUUGGUCGAAUUGGUACAGCUGCUUCAUCUUAUACUUUCCUUAAAAAUGAGCUCAUGGUACGGCUCGCUAAUAUCAUGCAGGAAUUCUCAUUGCUGCCUCCUAAACUACUUCAAAUGCCAAGUUCUAAACUGGUCAGUAGUUGGUACUGCGAAAGUUUCGAGGACCUUCUGAAGUAUGAGAACUCACCUGCAUCAAUGGAAAACAUUGACGCCUUCAACGAGCAACUUCAAACUAUAUUGAAGAGACACGCUCAUGUUGUAGAAACGAUGGCCGAGGGGCUCAUCGAGUUGAGGGAAACUGAUGGUGUUGAUAUCGCCAGUGAAAAAGGCAUACAGUACUUCUUGGAUAGGUUUUAUAUCAAUCGUAUUUCCAUACGUAUGCUUCAAAAUCAACAUUUGGUCGUAUUCGGGAAUGUUCUACCGGAAAGUCCAAGACAUGUUGGCUGUAUCGAUCCGGCAUGCGAUGUAGAAAGUGUUGUUCAUGAUGCUUUUGAAAAUGCAAGAUUCUUAUGCGACCGCUACUACCUUACGAGUCCUUCGAUGAAGCUCGAAAUGCAUAACGCUGUCGAUAAAGACAGGCCAAUAUCCAUUGUUGCUGUGCCAAGUCACCUAUACCAUAUAAUGUUUGAAUUGCUGAAGAAUGCUAUGCGCGCCACAGUCGAACAUCAUGGUGUUGAUGACGAUCUUCCCGACAUCAAAGUUUUCGUGUGCAAAGGCCAAGCUGAUUUGUCCAUUAAGAUUUGCGACCGCGGCGGUGGUGUUUCUCGGACAAUUCUGGAACGGUUAUUUAACUAUAUGUAUAGUACUGCACCACCUCCACCGAGAGAUGGUACGCAGGCGCCACUGGCUGGUUAUGGGUAUGGCCUUCCGCUUUCUCGCCUCUACGCCCGCUACUUCCUCGGUGAUCUUUUCCUUGUGUCUAUGGAGGGAUAUGGGACAGACGCUUGCGUAUAUAUGAAGGCUGUUCCUGUUGAAGCCAGUGAAGUGCUUCCCAUAUACAGCACUUCAUCUCGAAGAAACCUUACCAUGGGCCCACAGGUGGCAGACUGGUCUCAUAAGGUGCCUGGACAAGGUUCGCGUCCGGGCUGA